AUGACUUCAUGUCAAAGUGGACAGGUGACAAUGGACUACUGCGAUUAUUUUAAUGGAUGGCCUUUUCAACAAACACCCUCACUUGUUCAUGUUGGAUUAUCGAUGAUUGACACACAAAGCCAUGAUCGUAAUGUCCGAAUACAAGUGUCGGCAGAAUCGAUUACUCCAUAUGGAUUCAAUCUCCGUUUUCGAUCCUGGGGCGAUUCGUUCACACAUAAUGCAGGUGUCAGCUGGUUCGUCUGUCCAUAA